UCGCACUCGUGCGCCUCCGUCUCCGCGAUGGCCGCCGCGCCGCCGGUAUACAGGAAGGUGCCGCGCGAGCUGGCGGAGCACGGCGACGUCCGCGUCGACAACUACUACUGGCUCCGUGACGACUCCCGCUCCGACCCCGCCGUCCUCGCCCACCUCCGCGCCGAGAACGACUACACCGCCGCCCUCAUGUCCGAUGUCAAGCACAUCGAGGAUGAAAUAUUUUCUGAAACUAGACGAAGAAUCAAGGAAGAUGAUACACACGCGUCUCUUCGCAGAGGGCAGUAUUACUACUAUGAAAGAACAUUGAAUGGCAAGGAGUAUGUAAGGCACUGCAGGCGCCUUGUACCAACUGAUGGCCAUAUUACAGUCUAUGAUGUGAUGCCCAUAGGACCCGAUGCGCCUGAUGAGCAUAUUAUUUUGGAUGAGAAUGUAAAGGCUGAGGGUCAUGCCUACUACAAUAUCGGGGCGUUUAAGGUCAGUCCCAGUGGUAAGCUAGUUGCUUAUGGAGAAGACACUAACGGUGAUGAAACCUACACUCUUUAUGUCAUUGAUGUGGAGAGUGGGAAAUAUGUUGGGCAACCACUAAAAGGAGUUACUUCUGAUAUUGAGUGGGCUGGUGAUGACUACCUUGUUUACAUAAUAAUGGACAGCCUUCAUCGACCAGAUAAAGUAUACCUACACAAGUUAGGAUCUGAUCAAUCGAAUGAUAGCUGCCUAUAUCAUGAAAAAGACGACAUGUUUUCACUUGGUCUCCAAGCUUCUGAAAGCAAGCAAUAUUUAUUUGUUAGAUCAGAAAGCAAAAACUCAAGUUUUAUAUUCCAUAUAGACAUCUCGAAACAGAAUAAGCAGCUUUUAGUUUUGACACCUCGUCUAUAUGGCAUUGAUACAACAGCUAGUCACCGUGGAAACCAUUUCUAUAUUAAGAGGCGAAGUGAAGAAUUCUACAACUCCGAACUGGUUGCUUGCCCAUUGAAUAAUGUAGCUGAGGCCACUGUCUUGCUACCACACAGAGAAAGUGUGAAAAUUCAGGACUUCCAGCUCUUUGAGAAUCAUAUUGCUGUCUAUGAGCGUGAGAAUGGUCUACCAAAAUUAACUGUAUAUGGCCUACCGGCCAGUGGAGAGUCAGUUGGGCAACUUCAGGGUGGACGGGUGAUUGAUUUCGUUGAUCCAGUAUAUGCACUGGAACCUGAGGAGUCACAGUUCCGUUCAUCUAUUGUUCGGUUCCGUUAUAGCUCACUGAAGACACCACCCUCUGUCUUUGACUAUGAUAUGGAUUCAGGGGUAUCUGUACUGAAGAAAAUUGAUACUGUUUUAGGGGGAUUUGAUGCAUCAAAUUAUGUAUCAGACAGAACAUGGGCUGCCGCCUCUGAUGGUACGCAGAUACCUAUCUCCGUUAUAUACAGAGAAGAUCUUGUGAAGCUUGAUGGUUCAGACCCCAUGCUGCUAUAUGGCUUUGGCUCCUAUGAGGUAUGUAUAGAUCCAAGUUUCAGUGGAUCAAUAUUUUCUCUAGUAGAUCGGGGUUUUGUAUAUGCGAUAGCCCAUAUUCGUGGAGGUGGUGAAAUGGGCCGGAAGUGGUAUGAAGAUGGAAAGCUGUUGAAGAAGAAGAACACCUUCACUGAUUUCAUUGCUUGUGCAGAGCACUUGAUAGAAAGAAAAUACUCUUCAAAGGAAAAGCUUUGCAUUCAUGGCAAAAGUGCAGGUGGCCUAUUGAUUGGUGCUGCCCUAAAUAUGAGGCCUGAUUUAUUCAAGGCAGCCGUUGUUGAGGUUCCUUUCGUUGAUGCACUCACAACUAUGCUUGAUCCAACUAUCCCGUUAACUACAGCUGAAUGGGAGGAGUGGGGUGAUCCAAGAAAAGAAGAAUACUACUAUUACAUGAAAUCAUAUUCUCCUGUUGAUAACGUGAAAGCACAAGAGUAUCCCCAUAUUCUCGUCACUGCGGGCUUAAAUGAUCCUUGCGUGAUGUACUCCGAACCUGCUAAAUUUGUGGCGAAGCUGAGGGAAUUGAAAACAGACGACAAUCUUCUGUUGUUGAAGUGUGAACUAGGUGCUGGACACAACUCCAAGUCGGGGAGAUUCGAGAAAUUACGAGAGGAUGCCUUUACUUACGCGUUUAUCCUCAAGGCUCUGGGCAUGACACAGAAGGAUUGAUUGUGAUGCGCAUUGCAGCGUUUAUUUUUUCAUUUCAGAAGGUGAACUUUGAUUUAGAUAGACACCUCAGGUUUGCUGGCCAAAAGACCGAGGCCCAUUUGAACUAGUAGUUGCUCUGGUAGUCAGAUGACCAAUAAGAUUGUUUCAUCUAGAAUUCAGCAAGUUCCUUGGUUGGCAAAACAGGUUUUCGGUUCAAAAUGCUUCCGCACACAGUACAAGGUGCAGCAAGCUCACAAACAAUUCUACGUACGGCACAUGAAUACAACUUUUUUAUACACAAAAUGUA